UCCGACGCCGAGGCACAGUUCAAGCAGACACGCUAGCUGAAGCAAAGCAAUUUCCGCAAGCACCUGGUGAUCAUAUCUCGCUCAGAUCAGAAACCAAGAGAGAGGUAGAGAGAUUUCAUUGCCGCUUGCUGUAGCAGAGUGUGAGGAGUAGCAGAGAGUGGCAGCAGCCAUGAAUCCCGACAACUUCACGCACAAGACCAACGAGGCGCUGGUGGCGGCGCACGAGAUGGCGUCGGAGGCUGGCCACGCGCAGCUCACGCCGCUGCACCUGGCGGCGGCGCUGGCGGCGGACAAGGGCGGCAUCCUGCGCCAGGCCAUCACGGGGGCGUCGGGCGGCGACGGGGCCGCCGGGGACUCGUUCGAGCGCGUGCUGGCCAACGCGCUCAAGAAGCUGCCGUCGCAGUCACCGCCGCCGGACUCGGUCCCAGCGUCCACGGCGCUGAUCAAGGUCAUCCGCCGCGCGCAGUCCGCCCAGAAGAAGCGCGGGGACUCCCACCUCGCCGUCGACCAGCUGCUGCUAGGCCUGCUUGAGGACUCGCAGAUCUCCGACUGCCUCAAGGAGGCCGGCGUGUCCGCGGCGCGGGUGCGCGCCGAGCUCGAGAAGCUCCGCGGCGGGGAGGGCCGCCGCGUCGAGUCCGCGUCCGGGGACACCAACUUCCAGGCGCUCAAGACCUACGGCCGCGACCUCGUCGAGCAGGCUGGGAAGCUGGACCCCGUCAUCGGCCGCGACGAGGAGAUCCGCCGCGUGGUGCGCAUCCUCUCGCGCCGCACCAAGAACAACCCGGUCCUCAUCGGCGAGCCCGGAGUGGGAAAGACGGCCGUCGUUGAAGGCCUCGCGCAGCGCAUCGUCCGCGGCGACGUGCCCAGCAACCUCCUCGACGUCCGCCUCAUCGCGCUCGACAUGGGCGCGCUCGUCGCCGGCGCCAAGUACCGUGGCGAGUUCGAGGAGCGGCUCAAGGCCGUGCUCAAGGAGGUUGAGGAGGCCGAGGGGAAGGUCAUCCUCUUCAUCGAUGAGAUUCACCUCGUCCUCGGCGCGGGCAGGACGGAGGGGUCCAUGGACGCGGCCAACCUGUUCAAGCCUAUGCUAGCGAGGGGUCAGCUCCGGUGCAUCGGCGCCACCACGCUGGAGGAGUACCGCAAGUACGUGGAGAAGGACGCCGCGUUCGAGCGGCGGUUCCAGCAGGUGUUCGUCGCCGAACCGAGCGUGGUCGACACCGUCAGCAUUCUGAGGGGGCUCAAGGAGAAGUAUGAGGGGCACCAUGGUGUGAGGAUCCAGGACCGCGCCCUCGUCGUCGCCGCGCAGCUCUCCGCGAGGUACAUCAUGGGUCGGCACCUGCCUGACAAAGCCAUAGACUUGGUGGACGAGGCCUGCGCCAAUGUCAGGGUGCAGCUCGACAGCCAGCCGGAGGAGAUUGAUAACCUCGAGAGGAAGAGGAUUCAGCUUGAAGUUGAGCUCCACGCGCUCGAGAAGGAGAAGGACAAGGCCAGCAAAGCCCGGCUGGUUGAGGUCAAGAAGGAAUUGGACGAUUUGAGGGACAAGCUGCAGCCCCUGACCAUGAAGUACAGGAAGGAGAAGGAGAGGAUCGACGAGAUCAGGAAGCUGAAGCAGCGCCGCGAGGAGCUGAUGUUCAGCCUGCAGGAGGCCGAGCGCCGGAUGGACUUGGCUCGUGUGGCCGACCUCAAGUACGGCGCCCUCCAGGAGCUCGACGCCGCUAUCGCCAAGCUCGAGGGCGAAACAGGGGAGAACCUGAUGCUCACUGAAACCGUCGGCCCUGAACAAAUUGCAGAGGUGGUGAGCCGAUGGACCGGCAUUCCGGUGACCCGGCUUGGGCAGAACGACAAGGAGAGGCUGGUUGGCCUGGCUGAUAGGCUGCACCAGAGGGUUGUCGGCCAGACGGAAGCCGUGAACGCUGUUGCAGAGGCGGUGCUGAGGUCGAGGGCCGGUCUCGGCCGGCCGCAGCAGCCCACAGGCUCCUUCCUCUUCCUGGGUCCGACUGGUGUGGGCAAAACCGAGCUCGCCAAGGCCCUCGCCGAGCAGCUGUUCGACGACGAGAACCUGCUUGUUCGCAUUGACAUGUCCGAGUACAUGGAGCAGCACUCGGUUGCUCGUCUGAUCGGAGCACCACCUGGCUAUGUUGGCCAUGAGGAGGGUGGACAGCUGACUGAGCAAGUGAGGAGGAGGCCGUACAGCGUGAUCCUCUUCGAUGAGGUGGAGAAGGCGCACGUUUCAGUGUUCAACACCCUGCUCCAGGUGCUCGACGACGGAAGGCUCACCGAUGGGCAAGGCAGGACGGUGGACUUCAGGAACACCGUGAUCAUCAUGACAUCCAACCUCGGCGCCGAGCACCUUCUCGCCGGGAUGGUGGGCAAGAACUCCAUGAAGGUCGCUCGCGAUCUCGUCAUGCAGGAGGUGAGGAGGCACUUCCGCCCUGAGCUGCUGAACCGGCUCGACGAGAUCGUGAUCUUCGAUCCCCUGUCCCACGAGCAGCUGAGGAAGGUCGCUCGCCUUCAGAUGAAGGACGUGGCCGUCCGUCUUGCAGAGAGGGGCAUCGCGCUGGCCGUCACCGACGCUGCCCUGGACGUCAUCCUUUCACUGUCUUACGAUCCGGUCUAUGGCGCGCGGCCCAUCAGGAGGUGGAUCGAGAAGAGGGUAGUGACGCAGCUGUCGAAGAUGCUGAUCCAGGAGGAGAUCGACGAGAACUGCACGGUGUACAUCGACGCCGCGCCCGCCAAGGACGAGCUGGCCUACAAGGUGGACCGGAGCGGCGGGCUGGUGAACGCCGAGACGGGCCAGAAGUCGGACAUCCUGAUCCAGGUCCCAAGCGGCGCCGGCAGGAGCGACGCCUCGCAGGCCGUGAAGAAGAUGCGGAUCAUGGAGGAGGACGACGAGGACGGCAUGGACGAGGAGUAGAGGCCCGGCGUGCCGAGGAGCGCCCCGCCCUGCUCCGGCGGCGUCCUCGACUGUUCGCCAAAUAAGCGUGUAGAUAAGUCGUGUUGCGAAGGCACAAUGUGACGCUUGUGAAGAUGAUGUUUUUCUGAAGUCUGAUGCUUUUUGUAAGGUGGUGUUUGUCAAAACAUCUCUAGCGGAAUCCAUGGAUGAGUGAUGCUUUUGUAAGUUGCAAGUACGUUUGACGCCGCAAAAAAGUGUCUCGAGUACA